UUUUGCACAAAAAAGGUAAAAUAGCAAACAGUAAAAACAUUAACCAAACAAAGCUUAAAUAGUCCAGUUAAUGAUGUCUGAAAUGUUCAGCAUCUAGUUGCAUAAUGUAUCAACUGCAUUUAUUAUCCUACUUUGUGGUAUACCCCUCUGAAUUUAGAUUACAAGAUUAUUUCUUGACAAUGACAUACCUAGAGGAGAAGUUGAUUUUGCACUCACAUAUUGCUGGAAAAAAAACUGUGUAAAAGUUACCCCCAGAGUCAUGGAUAGGUUGGAAUAUAUUACCGUGUGGCAAUCAAUCAUAAAAAGCUAAAAUACUCUUGAAAUCAAGAAAUAAGAAUGAAAUUUACCAUCACAGCUAGUCUGGAAUUGCACUACACAAUAAGUGCAUACUUAUGUUAAAGCAAUGGUAGCUUUCUAGUUUUCUUAUAGGCUAGUACUACCGCAUCUUAUCUAUAAGGCUUGUAUUUGGAAAAGUCGAAAUUUAUCAUCACUUUUUAGCAGUAGCUGUAACUGACUUCAGGCAUAUGAGCUGUUUGAUAAAGAGGCAACUGGGGGGGGGGGGGGCAUGUUGAUAUCCGAACUUGUUGAGAUUGAUGAUCAGAUAUCCAAAUUUUUUGAGAUUGACUGAUUUUUCUGGAAGAUGUUUUCUUCCUUUUAUUAAUGUUAAAAGUAAGGGUACUGCACAUUAUUCCAGCAAAGUCUAUUUUUGUGUCUGUUCAAGUUGUGCCUCAUUUCCAACCAAAUUUUUUAACAGUUAUGAGAUAAAUGAAAAAGAAAUAACUUUUUCCUCAGGAUGAAAUUAUUGACAGUAUUAUCAUCACAUCUGGGAUAUUUUUGAAAUCAGCUAGAUACUUGGUUUCGAAUCUUCAUUUCCCUCAAUACUAUUUGUCCUUGACUUUUUAUUUUCCAAAAAUAUCUUUGCGUUUCUAUAAAUAUUGCAUUCUUUUGCGUAGUUGUGGUGCGUGCCUCAUGCUACGAGGAUUAAUGCAGUGUGUCUAGACUGAUGAUAGAAAAUGUGGCAGAAAUGGCUUAAAAAUGUUUGAUGAAGAAGGCAAAAGGAUUUGGUAUUAAUUGUAAGGUUUAGAGUUGCAGAUGUAUGAUUUGAAUAUAUAAUAGCAUAUUUAUGAGUAAAGACUGUUACACUCAUCCAUUAAGUUCAGACUCAAGAAUAAUAAAUGACAUGAGGGAUUUUUAGACAGUUCUCAAACUCAAAAGUGUAUUAUCCACAGCAAGAGCAGGGUUGUUUUUUUGCUUAUGCAUAUGCUUUAAAUUGAAAAACAAGAUGUAAAUCUGUAACAUGUAUUCUGUUGUGAGUCAAGGCAAGUUGAACUCUUAAUUUAGUUGCAACCUCUCUACUAGAAAGUUAAUUACUUGCCUCUUUUUUAUGCAGUUGAAUUAAGUGUAUUACUAUCAAGCUUGAUUAAUAUGAUUCACAAAAUGAGAGAUCUCUAGAAAUAUUAAAAGGAGUGCCAUUUUCAAGGUUCUGACAAUUUACAACAACCACAGAUCUGUUAAAUUUUGUUGUUAUUAUUGUCAUGCCAUGUGUUUGUAUCAUGUAAUAUGGCUUUGAUUAUAAGAAUCCAGUUCCUAUUAGAAUUCUCAGGCUUAAGUCACACCAUUUACGCCCAUCUUCACAAUAACUCUCUGUGGCCCCCAGUAAAAAGUUCUUGUAAACUAAGGAAAGCAAUUUAAUUCUACUCGGAUAAAUUAGUUUGACAUGAUAGCAGUCCUUUAAAUUUCAGGUGAAUGCGUUUCUUGAUUGACAAUGAAACCUGCCAUAACAUUAAUAUAAUCACAGUCUGAUGGCAAAGAUCUUUCCUCAUGCUUGUAUCCACAUUUCAAAUAGAAAAGUUACAAUUCAUAACAAUUUAAUGUAAUAAUAGAGGUCAGCAAUUAUUACCAAUUCUAAUGUGGUCUUUAUUUUGUUACCAAUUCUUAAACUUAUAUUAAAUUACUUGCUUUAUUGUGGUAAAUUUGCGGCCAGGUUUCUGGUACCAGAAAUAGGGUGCUCAAAGCGCUGUAUAUGAAUCCUGUAGUUCUAGUUGUAGUUUGGGUUGUAGGGUAAGUUGAGUCACUUAAAUUGAAUCAGAUUGUUAGUGUUUGGAUGCAAUGGAAGUUAAUUUCCUGGAUAUGCCUGCCAUAGCUGCAUGGGCAAAAAUAAGACGCUUACCAAAUUCGUUUAUUGGAAAAAUAUUACAGCCUUUAAUGUUUCAAGACAUGUAAUAUUACCUUAAUUACUUAAACCCUAUUAGCAGAAGAUUGCUUUGACUUGUUUGGUUUUCAUUUCUGACUCUAAAAGAAAGAAGAAAGCCUUGCUUGACUGCUUCAUUCCUUGCUAAUUGAAAGCUGGACUUACACGUCUGCUUAUGAAAACUUAAGUCAUUGAAGGAAUAUUACGUCUUGAAACAUUUAAUGCCAUUAUGAAUCUUGUAGACAAGUUUGGUAGGCUUACUACAUUUUUCCACGCAGCUAUGUCAAACUUCCUGGAAAACUUCCAUUUGCCUCCAAAUGCUAAUAGUUUGAUUCUGUUUAAGUAUGCCAACUAAGGAUAUUCAAGUAUUGUCAUUUAGCAAUAAGUAGUAAAACAAAUUAGAAGAGUUUAUUCUGACUGCAUGACUGCCAAGGUAAUAUAUGGAAGGAAACAGAGGAGCGACCAAUCCGGGAAUGAGAGUUGGAUACCUCUGAGUACUAGCCUAGGCAUGAAAGCCCUAUAAAUAAGGUGCAUUUGUCCUCCAAAUUUCACAAGCAAUUCCCUAAGACUUCUUUUUCAUUGCUUUUCUAGUAGUUUCUCAAUGGCAGGAUUGUCAAGCAAGGGCCGCCGAAGGACUCAAAUGUGGAUGAUUCCAGGAGCAGAUGCUCGGCAGGUUGCUUUCUCCAAACGUCGAUCUGGCCUCUUCAAGAAGGCCAGGGAACUCUGUACCUUAUGUGCUGUUGAGACUGCCCUUGUCGUUUUCUCUCCUGGUGGCAAGGCGUUCUCCUUUGGCCAUCCCGGUGUUGACACUAUUAUGAACAGGCUUCCCAACUUGAGUAAGCCAGAUCUGGAAGCAAUCCAGUGCACUGAGGCUGAGUAUGAGGCCUCUCUGCGUGAGCUUAACAAAGAAUACUCUGAUAUUAUGGAGAAACUGAGGGCUGAAAAACUUCGAGGUGAGAGACUCAAACAGAUGAGGAUGGAGAGCCAAGGCCAGGGCCAAAGCUUGGUGGAAAGACCAGUUGAUGAACUUAACUUGGAGGAGCUCUUGACACUGAAAUCAAUGCUGGAGGAGUUUAAGGUGAAGCUGAGGAAGCGCAUGCAGGAACUUUCAGUCGAGGCUGGUGCUUUAACUCUGAUAUCGGCUGGAGAAAUUGAUGCUUCUCUCGGUGGUUCCACUGAGGGUAAUUCUUCUGGUGAUCCUUGUGACCACGAUGUUGGUCAUGCGAGUUAAUUUUACCCCAAUCAGUCAGUUGGGAGAGGGUGUGUCUAAGGUGACUUGCCAAAGGCGCUUCAAUUUAUGUGAACUGAUCUAGUCAAUCCCUCUCUGUUUUGUCUGUUGGGAUGAGGUUUGGAAACCGAAUAAAUUGAAAAUCAAUAAUAAUAAACUGGUUUCUUCUGC